AUGUUCGACGAUGGUACCGACGAGCUGAUUGACGGCACAAAUAUCGACAGUCCACGCAAUGUCAUCACUUUGACCGACGAUUUACAUCGACUUUUCGAGGACUUUUUCCGGCAUCCAAUCUUCCCAGUCGAUCGCACUCUUUCCUUGACCGAGACACACGCGAUCGAUCCUCCCGAUCCGCGAUUGCUUGCACUUCAGAGCGUAAUUACGCAUAUCCUUCAUGUGAGCGCCGCCGGCCGCCAUAUUGAAAAGAUCCUCGGAGACCUUGACGAAACGGACAUCAAGGUAGAUGGAUCUACUGAGUCGGGAUAUCUCACCUAUUUGAGACUUCAGAGCUGGUGGAACUGGGAGAUUCGUGCUUAUUGA